CCAUUUUUGGGAAAGGAUGCGAGGGCAGAGCAGCAAGGGGCUGCCGAGACAGGACCGGAGGAGAGGCCAUCGCCUGCCUUCCCCCUGCCCGCUCGGGGGCCACCAGCCGGGGACGACGACACCGGAGCUCCCCCGGGCAAGCGCGGGCAGGAGGCUUUGACACCCAUUUUGGGCACCGGCUGGCCAAGGAUGGAGAAGCAGCAUCGGCGUGGAGCAGCGCCCGCGGGCGAUGAGCGUCACCCCGCUCCCAGCAUUCCCGCACCGGGGCAGGACCCGGCGGCCACCCCUCGUCACAGCCCGUGGAGGAUUUUGCGGGGCCCGCACGUCCCCAAGGACUCCAGCUUUUCUCAACACCCAACGCUGGACGCGGUGGCGCGGCGUAACCCUCUCCCCCACCCUCCUUUAACGCUGUUUUCCCCCCUUCGCCCCAGCUUAUCCCCCAGGUCCCCCUGAAGGCCAACCGCUCCCGGCCCCACCAUGUGCGAGGAGGAGACCACCGCCCUGGUCUGCGACAACGGCUCCGGCCUCUGCAAAGCCGGCUUUGCCGGCGACGAUGCCCCCCGCGCCGUCUUCCCCUCCAUCGUGGGGCGGCCCCGGCAUCAGGGUGUCAUGGUAGGCAUGGGGCAGAAAGACAGCUACGUGGGCGACGAGGCGCAGAGCAAGAGGGGUAUCCUCACGCUCAAGUACCCCAUCGAGCACGGCAUCAUCACCAACUGGGAUGACAUGGAGAAGAUCUGGCACCACUCCUUCUACAACGAGCUGCGCGUGGCCCCCGAGGAGCACCCGACCCUGCUCACCGAGGCACCCCUCAACCCCAAGGCCAACCGGGAGAAGAUGACCCAGAUCAUGUUCGAAACCUUUAACGUCCCCGCCAUGUACGUCGCCAUCCAAGCCGUCCUCUCCCUCUACGCCUCCGGCCGCACAACCGGCAUCGUCCUCGACUCCGGGGAUGGUGUCACCCACAAUGUGCCCAUCUACGAGGGCUACGCUCUGCCCCACGCCAUCAUGCGUCUCGACUUGGCCGGCCGCGACCUCACCGACUACCUCAUGAAGAUCCUCACCGAGAGGGGCUACUCCUUCGUCACCACCGCCGAGCGGGAAAUUGUGCGCGACAUCAAGGAGAAGCUCUGCUACGUGGCCCUCGACUUCGAGAACGAGAUGGCCACGGCCGCCUCCUCCUCCUCGCUGGAGAAGAGCUACGAGCUCCCUGACGGGCAGGUCAUCACCAUCGGGAACGAGCGUUUCCGCUGCCCCGAGACCCUCUUCCAACCCUCCUUCAUCGGCAUGGAGUCAGCCGGCAUCCACGAGACGACCUACAACUCCAUCAUGAAGUGCGACAUCGACAUCCGCAAGGACCUCUACGCCAACAACGUCUUGUCCGGCGGCACCACCAUGUACCCCGGCAUCGCCGACCGCAUGCAGAAGGAAAUCACGGCGCUGGCUCCCAGCACCAUGAAGAUCAAAAUCAUCGCCCCGCCGGAGCGGAAGUACUCGGUGUGGAUCGGUGGCUCCAUCCUGGCGUCCCUCUCCACCUUCCAGCAGAUGUGGAUCAGCAAACCCGAGUACGACGAGGCCGGACCUUCCAUCGUCCACCGAAAAUGCUUCUAAGCCCCCUCCCCACCCCGUGGUGGCCCCCCAUGCCUGGGUUGGGGCGCCCUGCUCCUCCUCGGUCCCCGCUGCUCCUCCCCGCCGCCCACUG